GGUGUUGGGAGGUGCGAUGCUUUUGUCGAUUCUAGUUAACAUAACAAACAGCGAAAGAAUAUGUUUUUCAUGUAGCGGUAUAAGACAGGAUGAAAAAUGUCAACAUGCUAUCAGUUGUGAUAAGGAUGAGAUUUGUUUUGUUCAGAAAUAUUACACAAAUGGAAACGAAACGAAAUACGAUGUUGGUUGUACAUUUGAGGAGAUGUGCCAAAUGGAUGUAACAGGACAUAUCAUAGGAAAGAGAAACGAGCACGCCCAUAUUCUAUGCCAGAAAUGUUGCAAUGAUUCUAAUGUAUGCAACCAUGAUCUUUCCUGUCAAAAUACAAAAUUAGUCGUUGCACAGAAAUGUAUAUCUUGUGAUAAUGUGGACAAUCCGAAAUCCUGUAAUAGUUCAAUGACAUGCGCAAAAGAUGAGGUGUGUUUUCUCCACAAAUAUAUGACUGAGACACAGCAUGUGAAGUAUGAUCUAGGAUGUAAACACUCAACGAUGUGUUUUCAUGGAUUGAAUAUAUUUGGGCGCCGAUUAUCUGUUGGCAGACAUUUAACAUGCGACAAAUGUUGUGGAGGAACACACCAUUGUAAUAUUAACUUGCAAUGUGGACACCAAGAGCAGGAAACUACAUUAGAAGCGACAACAGUUGGACAGACGACAACAGUUGGGCAGACGACAACAGUUGGGCAGACGACAACAGUAGAUCCUAGAUUAUCAGCAUGCAAAGAUCCUAUUACAAAAAAUACUGGAGAGUUUUACUUGAUGCGUAACAAUGGUUUCCUGAGUUUUAUGUCAGCUUUUAAACUACAUUUAUCAUCGUCUAAAGUUAAAUGGUUAGUUAUAUACAACCCUGAUAUCGGACUAUGUCAAAACAUAUCGAUCUUUAAUACUUCACAAGAAAUCGAUAUUCCAUCAGAAUUCAAAGUCACUAGAAACGAAAUUGAGAAGAAAGGAGUACACAUACUUACGUCCAGCAAAACUGAUUUGUACGCAUUAUAUAAGGAUUCGAUUACCAAUGAAGGAUUUUUUGUUUUACCAACAGAAAAGCUAUCAACAUCGUAUGUUAUUCCGUCUUUCGUCCCUUCUGGGGGUGGGGAAUCGUUUAUCGGAAUUUUUGCUACAUCCGUCGAUACAGACGUAAAUAUAACAUUAAAACUACUCGAUAAGACUGAAACGAUAACUUAUAACAAUACGAACUAUGGGGAUGGGGAUACAAUUUCCAUUCAUUUACCAGAAAGGGGAACCCUUGAACUUUCAAGUAGUACUGACCUCACAGGUACGAUAGUCCAAUCAAACAAAGAUAUCGGAGUGCAGUCUGGGGUUGAUGGUGCAAAAGUACCCUUGAAUAGUGGUUUAAUGAAUCAGUUAUUAGAAAUGGUACCUCCAGUUAAAGAGCUAGGAACGACAUUUUUUAUUCCGCCAUUAUUUGACAGCAAAAUAUUUAUAUUACGUUUAAUCGCUACACAUCCAAAUACAUCCAUCACUCUCCUCGGCAAACAGUUGAAACAAGCCACCAAAGUAGUGAACACAAUUGGGGGUUACAUAGAUAUCAACAGCAACACCUCUAUAAAAGUAGAAUCUGACAAACCAAUAAUGGCAGUGUAUUAUCAGCAGGGUGAAUUUAAACCGGUCGUACCUUUUAUGGUUAUAAUUAAACCAGAAGGGAAGCUGGAAGGAGUUCAAGAGUUUACCAUUCCAAAUGAUGGGUUAAGACAUCAUAUCCUUAUUACCACGAAGAGUACUGAAUACCCCUUUCUACAGAUUGACGGGAAAGGUAUUAUCUAUAAAAACCCACAUAUGUACGAUACAGAAAGUUUGAAUUCAUCGUAUGUUGUUGCAAGGGUGGAUAUCGGUCCUGGACAUCAUACCAUUGGUUCGUUAUACCCGAUGGUGAUGAAAGUCAAACCCGGAAUUAUCAUCUUUGCCGAUUCCGACAACGACAUUGCGUAUGGCUACCCUGUGUAA